AGCAUCCGUCACCAUGCUCUCUGGCACCGCCGUGGCCCUGCGCGCCGGCGCUCGUCGAGCCGUCCGACGGUCCGCCGCAAUUCUGCCUGCGACUGGCCCGACCCGAUGCGUCGCCGGCCGACAGAACGGCUUCGCCAUUGCUGGUAUGGCCCAGCAGCGACGAGCCUACGCCGUCACGACGAACCCCAACCCUCCUCUCGGCAAGAAGAAUGCGACCAACGAAACCCCGUCGCGAAUUGGCCUGAUAGGAGCCCGAGGGUACACCGGUUCAGCUCUCGUUGAACUCCUCAACGAGCACCCUUACAUGGACCUUCGACAUGUAUCGUCUCGAGAGCUUGCUGGCCAGGAACUCACGGGAUAUACCAAGAAAAAGGUCAUCUACGAGACCUUGUCACCCGAGGAUGUUGCCCGGCUGGACAAGGACGGCGAGGUGGACUGCUGGAUCAUGGCUCUUCCCAACGGCGUCUGCCAGCCUUACGUCGAGGCACUGGAUCAAAACAAGAGCAACAGCGUGAUUGUUGACCUCUCCGCUGACUUUCGCUUCGACAACACCUGGACGUAUGGUCUCCCCGAACUGGUGAAGCGUUCCAAGAUUGCGCAGGCCCGACGUAUCUCUAACCCCGGAUGCUACGCGACUGGUGCCCAGAUUGGUCUCAGCGGAGCCCUCGACUUGAUCGAGGGGAUGCCCACGAUCUUCGGCGUCUCAGGUUACUCUGGAGCUGGAUCCAAGCCGAACCCGAGGAACAAUGUGGAAGUGCUUAAGAAUGCCAUUAUCCCUUACUCCUUGGUGUCGCACAUUCACGAACGCGAAAUCUCUCAUCAGCUGAACCAUGAGGUUGCCUUUGUGCCCCAUGUGGCUGGAUGGUUCAGGGGCAUCACGUUGACUAUCAGCAUCCCCCUUCGCAAGGAGGUGACUGCACGAGAUAUCCGCCAGAUCUACCAGGACCGCUACGCGGGAGAGAAGCUCAUCAAGGUGGUGGGUGAGCCACCGUUGGUGAGUGCGAUUAUGGGACGCCACGGGGUGGAGAUUGGAGGCUUCGCCGUCGACAGCACCGGAAAGCGCGUGGUCGUGUAAAAAACAUGAACCUCGCCCUUGGCUAUGGAGAGUAUGAGGGAAUUCCCGUUAUGUGAGGGCGUUAGCCAGAGCUGGGUUGGAUGAUCUAGAUGGGAGUUGUU